AUGGACAGCAAAACUGUUUUUGCCAGCAUUGAUAUUGACAGCAUUUCAGUAUCGCUUUAUCAUCCCAGUUGGCAUGAGGGCGAAGUCCGAAUUUAUGCUCCGUUUAGAGCCUUCAGCUCAGAACGAAUAGAUGCUAUUCUUGGUCUGAAGAUGGGACUCAAAAAUGCCAACGUAACACUUAAAAGUGUGGUACCCGAUGACAACAAAAAUCACAAAUUUGUUGGCUUAAAAUAUAACGAACGAGUUGAAUUGCUAAACAGAGUUUCUAUGGAAGAAGAAUUUGAAAAAAGUUUACGAAAAGGUCUACCAUACCCAAUUUUAAAAGUUAUUGAAUACUUGAGUGUAGAUCGAGGAGGUUUUAUAUGGGGAAGACAAUAUCGACUUUGCGGAUACUACACAUAUUGUUUACUAUGGACGGCAUUCGGUUGCUGGCUAAUUCAAGUAGCUAUGUUGUGCUUUGUACCACGCUAUUUCGGCACUAUGGCUUGUAGUGUAGGAAUUAUAACGCUAGCAUCUGACCUACUGUAUGCUGUUUGUUUGCCAAGGUAUCUUCAAAUUCCCUUCCCGUCCGUCGAAUCGCCCUUAGCAGUACUGGAACUUCAUCUUUCCACUUGCUUCUAUGUCACAUUGGCUGCAGGUACAUUUUGCAAUUUUAUUGGCUUUAACUGAAUCGUUAGCGCGGUUUUCGGUGGGAUUUUGCAUUACUUGGAGUCAAAAUCAAUCUAUAAACUG